AUGCCACGGUUCAUUGAGACGUUACCACACACUCUCAAGAGAGCCCAGCACGUCUCCGGAAGGAGGCCUUUUUCUUAUUCUGUUGCCUGGUUUGCAUCAUAUGCGAGAUCGCCUGCUAAGUCCUCGGGCAAGCCAAAGAUGGGCUCGAGUGAAGAAAAGGCAUACAAAUUCGGAAACGGCCCAGCUCUCAAGAGCUUCGACAAAGAGGACCUUCGGGGCCUAUCUGGGCUCUACGAACGCGUGCACGAGUUUUAUGAACUCAAGCUACUUCCCGAAGUGAGGUCAGCAAUGAUAGAAGAAUUAAAAGAGAAUACCGUUCUCAAGUCCCAGAACUACAUGAGUCCCAACAGAAAAAAAUUGUCAGAGUCUGAGCUCAAUGGCCUCGUGAUACGGCCUACUAAUAUCCAGAAAGCUGCUAUCAAAAUUAUAAAUGGCACCCCAAAAACUCCCAAGCUUCUUAAUUCUUACAUUUUAGCAGGAGAAACGGGAUCGGGGAAAACAUGGGCAUAUUUGGCACCACUCUUGCACAGAUUGCGCGAGUUUUAUCUUGCAGAGGGCUUCGAGCAGUCCAAUAAACCAGGGAUACGAAGCGUUAUCUUGCUUCCAACCCACGAACUGGUUGAUCAGGUCUUCAAAACUGUGGAGCAUACCAGUACUUCACUAGGUACAAAAGCAGUUCUGUGGGACCUGGACUCGAACUUCAAAAAUUUUAUGGAUAGUUAUAGACAGGGAAUCGACGUUCUGGUGACCACUCCAGGAAAAUUGGCGUCUUUGGCCAAAUAUAGUGAUAUCCAAAACCUCAGACAGCUGUUGAAAAAUGUUAGUUUCUGCGUGGUUGACGAGGCGGAUACGCUCAUGGACGAAUCUUUCAUCGAGGAUACCUAUGACCUGCUUAAGAAAAUGAACGGUCUGCGGCAUCUGGUGUUUGUCACGGCUACCAUCUCCUCCUCACUGCGGAAAGUGGUGAAGUCGUUGUUUCCCGACUUUGUUCCGAUCACCACUCCUUCGCUUCAUAAAAUUCCUAAGGCAAUUGAGAUCCGUGUGAUAGACGCAAAACCUAAACCAUACAACGGUUCACGACUCAAAGCACUAGCUCAAGUUCUGUAUGCUAUUCACUGUGACGGAACAGAGCCAGGAUAUGAAAAGCGAGUUGUUGUCUUUGUUAAUGAGAAAAAACAGGCUCCUAUUCUAGCUCAGCAGCUCAGGGAGAGGUACAAACAUGAUGUGGAGAGUAUGACGGCUGACGACACACCAGAGGACCGGAGACGGAUCUUGGAGCCUUUCAUCAGUCCACCACAGCCAUUGAAAGAUCCUUCCAAGCCAACACUCAAAGUGCUUGUUUGCACAGACCUGAUGUCCAGGGGUAUAAAUUUCCGCGGUGUGCGUAACGUGGUAUUGUACAAUAUUCCAAACAUGACCUCGGACUUGGUCCAUAGAAUGGGACGGACAGGAAGGAUGAACCAAUCGGGAAGAGCGUUCUUGAUCCUGGAAGAUAAAAGCGCUCCUAACACCAAGGGACUUGCAAAGGUGUUGCGUAAUAACAGACGUUUAGCAUGA